CCUCUCAACCAAUGAGCAGCUUCAUCGCUCUGAAUGAAAAGUGAGAUGAAAAAACAGAGUAACGGGACGCGUCUCGGUGUAGGAUGGAAACCUAGCGCAGUUUGCUAACCAACGCUACGUGUUCAUCAUAUUCGCUCGCCGGAUAACACUUAAGAUGCAGUUCAUGCUGCUGUUUAGUCGCCAGGGCAAGCUGCGCUUGCAGAAGUGGUACGUGCCGCUGUCCGACUCGCAAAAGAAGAAGAUCUCCCGCGAGGUCAUCCAGAUGGUGUUGGCCCGCAAACCCAAAAUGUGCAGCUUUCUGGAGUGGAGAGACUUAAAAAUUGUCUACAAGAGAUAUGCCAGUCUGUAUUUCUGCUGUGCUGUGGAAGACCAAGAGAAUGAACUGAUAACCCUCGAGAUCAUCCACAGAUACGUCGAGCUGCUGGACAAGUAUUUUGGCAGUGUCUGUGAGCUGGACAUCAUCUUCAACUUUGAGAAGGCUUACUACAUCUUGGAUGAGUUUAUACUGGGUGGGGAAGCUCAAGAGACGUCUAAAAAGAUUGUAUUGAAGGCCAUUGAACAGGCAGAUAUGUUGCAAGAGGAAGCAGAAGCCCCACGUAGUGUACUGGAGGAGAUUGGACUCACAUAAAACUCUAGACGUCUGCAAAAUAAGAAGGAACACUCUCAUUUUCUGCCUUUUCAGUAUACAUGUGUGUCCAUCUUAUAUUGAAGUCACACAAAAACCACAGUUUCUGGAUUUAUUGAAAUAUGCAACUUGUUUUUUUCCCCUUAGUAUUCUUUGAUUUAUCCAUUUUCACUUGCCUUCAGUUCUAAGUCAGUAUGUAUAUGAUAUUGAACAACAAAGCAAUCUGUGGAUCCAGAACACUAAAUCUGCUCGUUAUAUUAUGACAGUUAUUUUCAUUACCUCACUUUGUGUCCUUCGCUGCCUUAAGACACACCUUCACAAUUGGGUUUUUAAAAUUUCAGCUGUAAUUUUACUGGGUAUGAACUAGGUGUGUCUGUGUAGGUCACAUUCGUAUCAAGUACUCUUUUUUUUUUUUUUUUCUAUCAAACAAUAUUAUGUGGAAAAGAUAGAUUAUAAGUGUGAUGGCAAACAAAGUCAUAAGUAUUUACAUAUUAGUGGACUGUAUUCUGUGAAAUAAAAGUUAUUCAUGCCAGUAUUAGAAAAAGUUCUACCGAUAACACUGUAAAUGUCUAGCAUCUACCAUCAGGAUUAUGGAUAAGUACAUGCUUUGUAUUGUCAAGGUGUUUCAUGAAUAAUUCCUCACUUAAAUGGGUACCUCAGCACCCUUGCUCAAACAUUUGCUCAACUUUUAAUAGAUGCUGCCUAUCGUUGCUUCUUUUCCACUGUUAAAUAUGGCACCGUUAUUGAGAUUGUACACUGAUCUUGAAGACAAACUGCUACAAAAGGAUAUUAGGGAUAUUCCUCCUGGACUGUGUUGUGUCCUAUAUUGCCUGGCUAACUUCAUUAAAUGCCUCCCAGGUUUCAGUUUCUUUUCAAUACCAAAGACUUUGCCUUUCUCCUGUCCUGUUUGUAUCAGUAAUUUCUAGAUGACACUGUGGUUCACUGCCUAGCCUAUCUCUUUGAAAAAAAAAUGAAGGUCCUUCAAAAUAAAAUGCAAUGUUGUGUCAACAAUAA